AGCACAAGUUGUGCUCCUGCAGCGCCUAAAGUCAGAAAUAGAGUGCCGGGAGAGUGACGACCACAGAUCUCUAUUUCUUUGUUUCUACCACUUUAAAAAUCCUCUUCUUUUUCAUCUCAAACUAAAGUCAAAACUCUUCCUACCUUGUUCAGGGUUUUGUGUUAGGAGAUCUCCUUCGAAAGCUGCUUCAGAAUGACUCGUGGAAAUCAGAGAGAAAAGGAUAGGGAGAGAGCUGCCGCCAGAACUGGUGGAAAGGCAAAGGGCAAAGAUGAUGGAUUGACCCCUGAGCAACGCCGUGAAAGAGAUGGAAAGGCACUCCAGGAGAAGCAAGCUAAGAAAGCUGCUGGAGCUGGAGGUUCAGCUGGAGCUGGAACUGGGGAUGCAAACAAAGCCAAGAAAUAAGAAGCUGCAAACUAUUUAUAUGUGAAUUUAGGUACUAGAUCAGAUCUUGGUUUUCCAUUAUUACCAUGGUUAAUAUGAAUAUAACUGUGUCUUGAUGUUUGAAGUUUCAUAAAUUCCUGUUUAUGGGAUUGUCUUGCUUUCGUUACACUUUGUGGUUUAUAUAUCUGAUCUAUAAAUUCCCUUUUAAUUUAGUUAUGUUUGUGUC